AACAAAACGUUUCUUUUGACCGCUUUGUUAGGCACUUGUUAGGUUAGUUACUGUUUUAAAAAAAGUUAGUUAAAAACAGAAAAAAUGGCUUACAAACCACAAAAAGUGCAAAAAGUGAUGGUGCAACCCAUCAACUUGAUUUUUCGAUAUCUUCAAAAUAGAUCUAGAGUACAAGUUUGGCUGUACGAGAAUAUCAACUUAAGAAUUGAGGGGCACAUCGUCGGCUUCGAUGAAUACAUGAAUCUUGUUCUGGACGAGGCGGAGGAAGUUCAUAUGAAGACUAAAAACCGGAGACAGCUCGGAAGAGUUAUGUUAAAAGGGGACAAUAUAACUGUGAUCCAAAAUGUAAAACCGGACUCUUAAACUUAACCUCACUAUUGAAAAUCUUAGCUUAAGUGUAAUUUAAGUUAAUAAGAAUAUAAUUCCGUAAUAUAAGUUCUUUUUGGUAAAA